AUGUACAGAAUGUGAAGACGCAAUGAAUACGGAAAUUUCGCAACAGCAGUAAAACCGGAGAGCCCGCUAAUAGCGCCAGCGGUAUUACACUGCGACCAAAUUUGUUUUGAAAUCACUGCUGAAAUCCAUCGGAUUACACCGCUAAAUGGCUGAUAAGGAGUUGAGAAGGGUGCGGGGCACCUUCGUGGAGGGAGUGACCAAACCUGUGAUCCAGCAACUGGUUGACGAUCUUCAGGGGAGUAAAAUCCUGAACGAUGGGGAGGUGGAGUCAGUGCAUGAGGAGUACAGCACCAGAGCGGACAAGGCCCGGUGUCUCAUCGACAUGGUGGUGAAGAAAGGCCAAAGGUCCAGUGAGACAUUUAUAGGUCUGUUGAAGGACCGGGAUACCAACCUCUAUGACAAGCUUGGCCUGGGCUCUCAGGCGGAAACCAAACUCACCCCCCCACCCCCGCCCCCGGACCAACCACCUAGGGUGCUGAUAGAUGAGGAACGGGAACUGUCUCAUGUUCUGCUUCCCUCCAAGGAAGCCUUCAAGAGGGAAAUAAUGGAGAAGGCGGCAAAAUCGAUCUACCCCCCCAUGGAGAAAGCAGGCCGUAAACGUUUGGCUCUGCUCAUUAACAACAUCGAGUUUGACCGGGCCGAUAUGCUGCGGAGAGGAGCAGAAAGGGAUGGAGAACGUAUGGAGGUUUUACUUAGAGGCCUGGACUAUGACGUGGUGCAUUUAAAGAACAAGUCUGCUGAGGACAUGAACAAAGAAGUGAAAGCGUUCGCUCAGCGUGAGGAGCACCGUCUGUCGGACAGCACCUUCGUGGUAUUCAUGUCUCACGGCAAGCGAGACGGCAUUUUUGGAAUCCACCACAAGAGUAAAGAAGAUUCAGAUGUUUUCAACAUCGACAACAUCUAUAAUCACCUCAACACAAAGAGCUGCAAAGGACUGCGUGAUAAACCCAAAAUAAUCCUCAUCCAGGCCUGCAGGGGGGAUGAGGACGGCUCAACCUGGGUCUGUGACAAUGUUCCUGAAGUGCCUGAAGCCAUGGAGGACGACAGCAUCAAGGAGGAUCACAAGGAAAAAGACUUCAUCAGCCUCCUGUCCUGCACACCAGACACCAAGUCCUUAAGACACGUGACAGAAGGUACAAUUUUCAUCCAGCGUCUUGUGGAGAUCUUCAACACAUAUGCUUUUGAAGACCAUAUUGAAGAGCUUUUUAGGAAGGUUAUGAGCAGAUUUGAAAACUUCCCAAGGCAGAUGCCAUCCAAAGACAGAGCCACUUUGACCAAACAUUUUUACCUUUUCCCUGGGCUCUGAGACACCUCCUCCAUUUUCUGAAAGAUAAUAUGCAAGAUAAUAGAAUUUUUUUCAUCAUACUUCCAAAUUAAGACAUCCAUGAACAAUGUAUUUGAAUAUAAAACAUCAGGGCUCAAUGUAUUUGUACACUGCUUAUAUUUCAUACAUGAGUUAUGACUGAUUAUGCAAAAAUCUGUACAAAUAUUCUUUGAUACUUUUGAUAUUGAUUUCUACUGUUACUGCUGUUACAGUAACAAUACACUCCAGGAAGCAGUGUGGCACAGCGA